AUGGCUAGUAGUAUGCCGGCUCUGAGGUCUCACGACAAACGCUCUCUGAAGCACCUGUCCGCAAUUAGUGUUCUACAAGUUGAACAAGAACCUGCAAUUAGGCCAAAGGCUGUCUUACAACCUCACCGCUUGAUUACAGUGGCAAAUGCCAUCUCCUCCGACGAUUCUGAAGUAAGGUUGGUGAAAUCUACUCCGAAUGGCGGCAAGUAUCUCAAUAUCGCGAGUGGCUCAUCGCCCCCGGCUGCGAAUAUUGCCCCGCCCGAGAUUUUGCUCCAAAUAUUCUCCAUGUUGACACCUCGGGAUUUCGACAAUGCUCGCCGUACAUGUUCGCAAUGGAUGCGUGUGGGUAUGCAUCGAAACUUGCUGGAGACUAUGCUGAAGCGAGCUGGGUGGUGGGAUGCAUAUCAGCAGGAUAUUGAGAGUCAACGAACCCGACUCCCGCCAUCAAUUGAAGAAAGUGACAUCUGGAAGAUGAGCAGACGAUUUGCAACUGAGUGUCUACUGGCUGGACGAAAAUCAAACAUCGAAGAGUCUGGCUUUAUGGCCACACAAGUCAUUGAUUUCUCUGCGUUGGCGCAGGGCUUACCUUCCGCCAAAACCCGUCGUGUCCUCUCCAAUACUCGCGACAAAGCAACGCGACAAACUUCAUCUACCUUCAGUGUCAGUACUUGCAGCAACUAUGUUCUGGUGACGACUGGCCGCAGGAUACAUGUCUUUCAACUUCUUGGAAGAAAGUCCAGUCUGUCUCAGUCUAUAGACCUGGAAGACUCCAACCUGGUCCCAAUCACCACCAUCGAAUGCGAGUUCGAAGUUCUCUCUGCAGUUCUAGAUACCAGUACACCCAGAUUCAUCAUCGCGGCGUUGUUGGAAAACCGCGUGGGAAUGGUGUGUGACCUGGAGAUAUCAUCCACUGACUCUGUAUUCACUGCUGGCACAGUGAAGCAAAAAACCCACCAGGUAUCAAAGAACAAUCCCAGCUCGCAACAUUACUACUACGAUGUCUGCUCGGAAGACCACCCUCCCCGAACGAUCGCGCUGUAUCCCGGUCGCCGCUGCGUCGCAUUUGGCUGUGCAGGCGGCAUCGAGAUUCAUUGGGUGGACGAGACAACACAGCGAGAUCAAAGACGACACUUUCCGAUGUCCCAACCCUCCGAAACCCUUCACUUUCUCCCCAACACCUCGGGGAGCCCAUCAGAAAUGCGUCUUAUAUCCUCUCUGGCCGGACCCGGAAUUCACGAGUGCGCAUGUCGGCAAUCGCCAAACCCAGACCAUCCCAAGAAAUGCCAGUUCCAUAUGAUGUCAGGUACACAGUCUCUCGGUCGCAGAGCUCCGACCGAUACGUUCGCUUUGAGCCUUGUUAGGGCUACACACUGCCACCACUAUCGUGCGGUGCCUAUCAACGAUGGCUACCACAUCAUCUUCGUCGAGCCUCGCACCGGCUUCCUCUGCAUUGGAUCAGAUGCUCCAAUUGGCGGGCCAGCAAGUCUCACUCGAGCCUUCAUUUGCGUCCCGCCUUUCGCUCAAGGAACUCCUACUGAUUCAAACGACGCUCGCAGCCCCACGGUUUUCACAGUAGGCUCCGACUUGAAUUGGGGCUUGCGUGUUGCAGCUGCUUACGGAGACCGCAUUGUCCUAUAUUCAGUGCCCCUGGAUGUAUUCAAUGUGAUUCGAAAAGAGCGCGAGCGUCAAAGUGACGGGGUUAUGGGCGAUAGUGACCUAGCGCACAGUUGGUUUGUCGACCCGGAACGCUGUCGCAAACGCCGCGAGAGCCUGGUACAAAAUCAGAAUGGAGACUGGGAAUUCCUCCUGAGUGUAAGAUACCGUCCCACAGCAAUGAUGUGGCCUUUCAAGAUAUAUGGAAAGGAAAUUGGAAGAGUGGAGAACAUAGUCGAGCUGGCACUGCAGUCUAGCAACGGAGGCGCACGCGUGUGGGCCUUUGGUGCGAAUGGACGGUCCACCGUCUUCGACAUUAAUACAUCUACGCCUGCGACUCAUAACACGCAAAAUGCUCCUCUGUGCAAAUCCAUCACAAUCGCAUCAGACGGGAGUCUUCAAUCCGUUACGUCGGGCAACGAGCCUGAACCCCCCUCUCUCCGGUCAUCUCGCAAACGCAAAUCCACAGAAUCCAAGGACGACUUCGUUGGUCGGUAUGGCACAAGCCGCUUCGUGCCAAGCGGGGCUCCGGAAGGUGAGACUACCGAUGUUGUCGUUCCUCCGGGGAAGCAAGAUGGGAGCUCACCUGUCCGUCGUCCAUCAUUUGCUGCUUGUAUUGUGGACUUCAAGAUUCCGGAGCUUGGAAUGAGAAAUGGGCGAUGGAGAGAUGUCCUUGACUUAUCUUGA